AAGUACGAGCGCGAAUCCGCCGGCGCCUGGCACGCGUUCUACAAGCGCAACGCGGACAAGGCCUACAAGGACCGCCACUAUUUGGACGACGAGUGGUCGGAGGCGUUCGCCGCGGACUCGGGCCUCGUCGUCGAGGUCGGCUGCGGCGUCGGCAACGCCCUGUUCCCCGUGCUCGCGUCGCACCCGCGCUGGCGCGGCGUCGCCGUCGACUUCGCCGCGAGCGCGAUCGACCUGCUGCGGAAGCGGCCGGACUACGACUCGGCAAGAGUAAUGGCGGCGACGCGCGACGUCGUCCGCGACGAGCUGCCCGUCGCGGACGGCGCCGCGGACGUCGUCACGUGCCUCUUCGUGCUGUCGGCCCUCGCGCCGGAGACCAUGGCGGCCGUCGCGGGGAAGCUCGCGCGAAAGCUCCGGCCGGGCGGGUCGCUGCUCUUCCGCGACUACGGCCGCUACGACGAGGCGCAGCUGCGCUUCAAGAAAGGCCACCGCCUCGGCGACAACUUUUACGUCAAGCAGGACGCGACGCGCUGCUUCUACUUCGAUUUGGACGACGCCGCGGCCGUCUUCGCCGCGGACUUUGAGCGCCGAGACCUCCGCUUCGUCUGCCAGCAGCACGCGAACCGCGCGCAGCAGAAGCGGCGGCGGCGCGUCUUCGUCCAGGGCCACUUCAUAAGG